AUGUCUGUUCCAACCCACAUUUCCCAGUACACUCAGUACAAGCAGGACACCAACGAAGUUGCCGCAUGGCUACUGACCGCUCACCCGGACUUCAAGCAGCCCAAGGGGCCCGGUCGGUUGAAGGGCAGGGCGCGCAGGGCCGCCAGGGAGGAGGCCGAGGCAGGUAACGCAGCACCCCCCCAGGACCCUAAAGAAUACACUCUAACUCUUAAGGAGUUUGUAGAGCGGGCGACGAAGAUCGUCGCCACCCGACAUGUGAAGGAAGUGCCGCGGCUGGUGGCCCUCAAGCUGCGGCGCUCAAUCGUGCGCCGCCGGUACCAGCAGCGGUACUACGAGCACGGCGACGGCGACGCUGACUCCAACGCCAGCCAUGCACACUUCAUCAGCGUGCUGGAGGACGUGGAGAAGGCUCUCAUGCCUCUUCUCCCGAAAGAGUUCCAGAAGAAGGCCAGGCAAGGGGCGGACGAGGUUGAUGCUGAAGCCGCGGCGCUGAUCAACCGGUUCGAGGCUUUGACGGUCGAAGAGGUCGCGAACGAGGCCCCAGACGGCCACGCAGCUGCCGGCUCCACUGAAACCUCGCCAACCGUCGCAGUAAAUUGCAAGAUUGCGGAGGAUGAGAUCAACACCCCGUCUCCCAUCUUUGCGCUGGAGCUGCUACUGGAGGAUCUGUGGAUGGUGACGCACCACGUGCGGGAAUCGUGGCAGGCGUAUCGGGAGGGACGGAUGUCGCUCGAGGCCGCGGCGGUGGCGACUGAGAUGACCCACCACCUCUUCUACACCACCGAGUGCGAGCUCCGGGGAGCUGGCGGACUUGACAAUUGUCCAGGCGGUUGGCCAAGUGCAAUGUACAAGAUCCACGCGGUGCGCCAGGAGGCACAGGAAAAAUGCGAAACCCAGGGGAAUAACUCAGGGUUUCUCGAAUUCCUCGAAGACCUUAUCAACAUAUGGGAGGCGCUCCUGGGCCUUUUGGACGUGAGGAGAAGCAUGGAUAUUUCAGACCUUCUUCAUGUCCAGCUGCCAACAUGUGACUGGGCCAGAGACGACCGGCAUCUGCUCCAGCGGUUGCUCCUUGACGAGGCCAUAGUACAGACUCGGAUCUUCGCGGCUACCCCCAAGGUGGACACUCUGCCAGGGGUCGAGCAGUUCGGGUUGUACUUGUACCACGCGUGUGAGGAUAGCGCAAUUUCGUUGACCACGGUUUAUCUUACCGUGUUCUACCUGGAGAUGCGACUGGCCAUGGGCUCGGAAAGUGGCAAGGCAUGGCCUGAGCUCCGAACCUUCCUGGAGACCACGAGGCCGGAUGUCGUUCAAGUCUUGCAGCGCUUUGGUCAUCUCUCCAGGAGAGGCGAUCUGCCCAGCAAUGUACUGCAUUGUCUAAAAGGUUGGCUGCAACAGGCGGAGGUUGUAACCGAUGAGAGCGGCGCUGACUCCCCUCUCAUAUCCGCGCAGUCCACCUCGCAAGACCGCGCCCCCUCGCGUCGCCGCAUCUCUUGGUUCAGCUCCAAUCCCUGGCUAUGCGGACGGCUGUUGGUAAUUUACAAGUCUCUCGCUUACGAGUUUGGCCUCUAUUGGGCCAAUUGUGACCCCACCCCCCUCGCAGUAUGCCACCUCUACAACGCGGCAAAGAAGGAAAAAGUCCUGCCGGAGGGAUGGUCAUGGCCCGGGGUGGAGAGUCUGCUGGAUACCUAUCCGGAAAUGUUCUCUAGCCACCAACGGCCAAGGGGCUGGUUUAACUAUUCCCUCUCGGUGAUGAAGGCCCUAGGCGGCGGGAUUCAAACUAGAUGGAAAUUCCCGCAACGCAUUUCCACGCUUACGGAAAUGAAAUCCCGCUGGCUCAAAGGCAAGGAUAAGUGGACCGCGGAUGAGAUCACGCACAUUAUGCAGGAGUCUGUGCUGUGCCGAAAGUUUGUGAAAUCCACCAUCCGCCGCGGGGCCGAGCCAAAGCUGAGUAUGCUUGACGCCUUGAGACGGAUGCGAAGGUGCAUUAAUGCAGAACUGGCAGUCUUGAAGGACGAAAACUGGGUACAAUAUCACAAUCUCGGCUGGGAGAUUUGCACCAGGAUCUGGAGGGAGAUCACAGAGGUACGCGAGGACGCACUAGAGCUUGGUCACACAGAAGAGGUUCGCUUUCUGAUUGUGCAUACCCUCUUUGAAAUCAAAGAUCGGAAAUUGCUUCAGGAAGCAGCUCGAAUUAUGCAAGCGGUUGUCUCGGGAGUAUGA